UGAGUCAUAAAAUGUUUUGAAUUUGGAUUUCAUCACUUUUUGAAAUACACUGUAAUCUUGUAAUCUAUCUAUGUUGAUGACUAAUAGUACCUACCUAGUUAAUGCAAAAACGAUUGUCCAUUGUCUUGUCCAGUUUGGUUCAGAGCGGUUCACAGCACGAUAUUUGAGAAGUACCAAGUAAAUGUUCAUGGUGGAGUACAUCGCGCAAUAAGCGUACGAUGCAAUGCCGCUAUUAACACUAGAAGGGGGCACACUCGGUGAGAAGCGCCGACACUUCCAUAAACUUGUCGCAGAUGCAAUCGUUAGCAAAUAUUAUGAACUAACGCCGGUUAUUGAUACAGACAGCGACAUAGACAAUCUUCUGAGAAUAGAAAUCGCGUGUAAAACCAGAAAUGUAGACUACGUCAUCGAAGUAAUGAAAUCCAAAGACAUGCUGUAUGCGGCGACAGCUAUUAAAAAGUCCACGUGGCUAAUCACCGACCCGCAGUACGCAAACAUCAUCAACCCUGAGCACCUACACACACAACUAAAGCCUUACAUGACCACCAAAGCAUUUAACAAACUCAUGCUUCACAUCAGACUCAAUCUAAAAGAUGAAAGUCGAGUCGAAGCCUUUUAUGAACACUUUAAAGAAACAUACUGUGCUUGGAAAUGGCUUCUGAACUGUUCUAUAUCUUUUAUUGAAAAUAUCAUUCAGGCCGAACGCCUCAUACCAGUGUGGCUUUUCAAGCGUUUGUGCAAGCGAUCUGCUAGUUUUCUUUCAUACAUUAUGCGUGUUGAAUUAUAUCCACACCAACGAGGACAAUCAGUUUUAUUUAUGUUGAAAUCUCAAACUGAAAAUGUAUUAAACAUAUUAGAAGACUAUACAAUUUCAAUUAUUCCUAGAAUGGGGAAAAAGAGAACACAAUUUCUUUUAAAACAACACUCUCGUAGAAUUUUCGAUAAUUUUCAAAAAUACAAUCAAUCGCUUGACGUUAAUGUGUUUGUAAAACAUUUAAAAUAUAAAAAAGAUAUUAAGAAUUUUCUAUAUCAACAUGCAAGUGUCAUGAGUCACUAUGAAAAUUUCAAAACAUUACCAUUGUUCAUACAGAACAUGGAAGAGACAGAAAGAGUUGAGUUCGUAAUGACAUCAUUCAUUGAUAAAACUAAGCCUAUAUUUAAUGAAGAUGAUUUUGAUUGGUUUGGACUUGGUCCUGUUAUACAUUCAUAUGAAUGGUAUGAGUUCUUUCCAUUCGAUAUGGCAUUUACUAAAAUUAAAAAUCUUAUACAAAAGCAGACCUCGCCGUCUGAACGAUGUGCCAUGCUCUCAGUUUUGAUUAAUAGUGCUAAACAUAAUGCGGAACAUAUUAAAACUUUGCUCGCAUAUGUGUUUGAAAAACACAUAAAUGUUCCUUUUAAAUUCAAAAUAAAAUUCAUAAAUAAUUUACUUUCAAACGUUUCUACUCACGAGUUCGAUGAGGCAACGUGGAACAUUUUGAAUCAAAUAUUUCACAGUAUGGAUGUAUACACUGAAACAGAGAACGAUGUACAAUUGUGCCUGGAAUCUAUAAUUAUGCGUAAAGUUUUGAACGAUGAACCUGUGCCAGAAGUCAUAAAACAAAAAUACACGUUGAAUUCAUUUCAAAAUGUAAAAACUUUGAAUGAAGAACAAAAACGUAAGUUAUUUACGUAUGUUUUCGAUUCCUUACUAGAAAAACUAAAACACAAAACAUAUGAAAAGGAAUCUGAUUUCGAAAAAACUGUAAACACAUUGCGGGAUAUGUUUAUUUUAUUAAAAGAUUGGAACAAAACACUCACUGAUUUCCCAAUCCUGAUCGAAAAAAUCAAAGAACUAAUUAAGGCAAAAGAAGAGAACAAUUGGACCACAGACAUGUCAUGCUUAUACAAUGUGAACAAAUCGUGGCGCAAAUACAUGUUUGAGGAGUCGCUUUCGCUCUCUCUGUGCGAGGAAACGUGCUUGAACGCUCUGAAGCACAAGCCACAGCUGUUGACGCGUCACGACAAACAAAUACACAGGUUGCGAACUAACGACACGGUCUCACUGCGGCGUGUGCUCGCGAAGCUGCGCGUCUACUGGCCGGACUCACUCGCCCGACACUGGACUGAAGCUUACAUGCAAAGCCUAAACGGACCUUCUGGACACAAAGCAAUCAUUAACGGUAUUUUCCUGCUAUCCCCUAUCGAUCAAGUCGUACAACUAGCAAAGAAAUAUGUUCCAUCUGAAACAAAAAUGAAUUGGAGUGACUCUAAUCAAGCCGACAUUAAUAUACAGAAAAAUAUUGCUAAACAGCUUCACGUAGCUAGGCCACUUGUUCCUUUAGGUACGGUGUUAUGGUAUGCCAAAGGUGAUUACUUGCAGUAUGCAGUACCGUCGCUGAGUGCUAUCUUGUCCAAUAUCAGUCAAGUUGAGAGUCGUGAAUAUUUACCUCAACUGUUGGAUGACCCAGUCUCUAUACAAAAAUAUGGACUUCACCUAACACAUACUAAAUUUGAUGCUAGCGAAAUAAAGCCUGUAUUUUCAAAUAUUUGGAAAUCUACGAAAACUGCUACCAUCAGAGCCGUUAUUUUUGAACACACAUUCAAUCAGUUAAGCAGUUCUAAAAACCAAAACAUUUUCAAUGAACUGUGGGAAUUAUUAAGUAUAUUCAUGCAAGACUUAAACUCACAAGAAAGUACCAGCGUGUAUAAGAUAUUAAGCAAUGUCAAAAGCGUUCCGAUUAAUGUCCGUGGAAAAUAUUAUAUGAAGAGUUACGAAAUUUUAAAAUCUUUGCCUGAAAAUCACAAUUGCGUGCAAUAUUUAAAUACUGUAAUUGCGUAUGCAGGACCUGUAAUGGAAUUACUAGACGAAGACUUUGUCGUCAAUAAGUUACUUUCCCCGGUAGAAUCAACAUUUUGUUCACAUAAUAGGGUGUAUUUAAAUGCAUUUGCAUGUUUCUUGCUAUGUGGUAUAAGUGAGGAAAAUCAACUCCAGAGAUUCAGAAGUAUAGAAAGAGCAUUAGACGAUGCUUUUAGUCGUUGGUAUGAUGUGUUUACAGAUAAUUUUGACGUGAAAAUUGUUUUUGAAGAAUUUUUGACAGCUUUGGUUGUCAGCUUUCGAAGAAAAAUCACUCAAGUACAAAUCCCUGUCAAAUUAUUUCAGAAAAUAAAACAUAAAAUGCAACAAAGAUUACCAUUAGUAGAAAACUACAAAUUAAUCACAAGUUGGGUGCUAGUAACAGAUUAUGUUAAAUACAUGAACGAACACGCAUCCAUCUUUACGUCGUCAACAUGCGAAAAUACUUGGAAAGAUAUGCAUUUGAAACUGUCUCCCUCUUUGGCUGAAAAGGUCAUCGAGUAUUUAAAAGAAGAUACGGAUAAAUAUGGCUCGGCUAUACAUGAUUUAUUUGCCGAUGCUUUAAAUAGUUUUUUUGUCAUAUUAAAUAGAGAUGUUACUUUUAUACUCGAAACUCUAGCAUAUAUGCUUUGUGAUCGCGAGUUUGUUCCUAGUUAUUUAGUAGUUUGUAAAUGCAUUCCGAAAUAUUGUUAUGGAGAGUCAAAACUGAAACGAUCGGAGAUUUACAAAAUAAUUGCAUCGCAUCCAUCUUCUAUAGUGAGAAUCCAAUAUCAUCGUUAUUUUUAUGAUACGCCUAAGUAUUAGUGAAGUUGCACAGGUUGUAACCUAAGGGCUACGCACAAUCGUACAUGUUCACCAUAACGUUCGUUGGACUGAUGUCUGAUGGGGUAUUUAUUCUAUUAUUUUUUUAUUUUCCAAAACCUUAAAAAACACUACUAGGUACCUAUAUUUGUUUUUUUAUACUUGAUAGGUUGACGUUCGGCCACCAUCUAAUCGUCCUAAUCGUCAAAGUAUGCAGUUUGUGUAGUUUGUAAAUAUAUUAGAUUUGUUUAACCCAACGUGCUAAUCCGUGCUAAGGUACCGGAGUACCUACGGUUCGAAUUCAAUAGUUAUGAUAUGUGUUGGAUUAUCCAUAUAUUGAGGAAGGCUACACGCUACGACGCGACGGAACCGAGUAGCGAGUGAGACCCUGUGGUAGUAACUUGUGCUAUAAAACUGAAUCAAAAUAAAACGCACGGUUCUAAAGAACAAAGCUUAAAUACGGACACAAGAAUUUUGUGUUAUAUUAUGUAGUCAUCUUUAUGUGUGCAGUCCUCUAUAGUGGUACUAUACAUGUAGUCAUGUAGGUUUAUCUUAUUAUACUACGGUACAUACCGUAGUACUUCUAUUUUCAUGUAUUUGUGAUGCACCCUACACACUCGUAAGGUGUGCAGGCUGUAUGGACCUCUGAUUUAACCGUACAGUUAAAACGAAAGAUGUGUAGCGCGCAUAAUAGGGGCCUUGUUGCUUCUGAUGUAAAUAAAUAUAGGAGAUAUAUUAAAUUUCGUGUUUGUACCUAGUGUUCAAGAUUAACUAAAAUUAUUUUAUGAGAUCAACAUGUUUGUAAUAACAUAAUAUGGUUUUCUUCUUGUUUUGUUAUGAGUACGUUUUCUUCAUAUAAUUAUGUGGAUUAACAUUGCAUUUGUAAUUAAUAAACGAAUUCUGUUAAAUCCCUUGCAUUAUUCUUUGUUAACUUUAACCUGCUUAGUAUUAUUGUGUCACCUAUGAUGACAGACAUAGUAGUUAAUUAUACUCUGGAGUUUUCGGACCUUGUGGAAUCUAGAACAAAAUUUCAUACCUAUUAUUGGAAGCAAAUAUAAAAACUCACACAUAGGACCCACUUAGUUUUUAGUUAAAUUUCCACUAGGCUUCACCCAGUUGAACAGUCUCCUUUUUGUGCCUUUAGGCUUAAUUCAUUUUGUCUCCUGCAGUAAUUCACCGAGGGAAGUGGAAACUAUCGUU